AUGACAAGUUGUUACAGAUCGAUUAUUAGGGUUUCUUCUACUGUAAACGCCAAUAACAAUCUCGGAUCAUCGUCAUCGAGGCCUUUAGUGUUUGCUGUUUGGAUUGAUAGAUUUGGAGCACAGAAGAAGAAUGAAGAGCGAGUGAGAUUGAAUCAGCAGAGGAGGAUGGUGGCCACUUGGGCUUCUAGUUGGACCGACCAGAAAUCUCCCUAUGAAACCCUUGAACUAGAACGCGAAGCGGAUGAAGAGGAAAUAAAGGUUGCCUAUCGACGCUUGGCAAAGUUUUAUCAUCCUGAUGUAUAUAAUGGCAGAGGGACCUUAGAAGAGGGGGAAACAGCUGAAGCUCGAUUUAUAAAGAUUCAGGCUGCUUAUGAGCUCCUUAUAGAUGAUGAGAAACGGAAGAAAUAUGAUAAUGACAAUCAAGUGAAUCCAAUGAAGGCAUCUGAAGCAUGGAUGGAGUGGAUUAUAAAAAAGCGAAAAGCAUUUGACCAAAGAGGUGAUAUGGCAAUUGCAGCUUGGGCUGAACAGCAGCAGCGUGAAUUGAAUCUUCGUGCACGUCGUCUUGCUCGUUCUAAGAUUGACCCUGAAGAAGAAAGGAAAAUAUUGGCAAAAGAAAAGAAGGCAUCCAUGGAGAAUUUCAACACUUUAAGGCGACACACACUGGUCUUGAAGAAAAGGGAUUUAAUGAGAAGAAAAGCAGAGGAAGAGAAGAGAAAGGUGAUUAGCCGGCUUCUGGCAGCAGAGGGUCUUGAACUGGAAAAGGAUGAUAAUGAAGAACUAUAG